AUGUUUCUCUCCCUACUCUCUUCAGAUAAACCAGAAGAAGCUAAGGGAAAAAUGGCUAACCAACAAAAUGUAGUGGUUCUUGAUGUGAUAUCGCGUGGAGUUAGGAAUGUGUUGCCUCCAUCAUCUCUUCCAGUACCCGAGUCCUUUUCACCUCAAGACCUUAAGAUGCUACUGAUGAAGAAGUUGGAAACUGAAAAAGGAGGGGCUAAAAUCAAUGCCUGGUUGGAUUCCAUGAGAGCUUCUUCUCCAACUCGCAUCAGGUCUGCUUCCUUACCAGAAACCGACGACCGAAGCUCCUGGAUUGUUCAUCAUCCCUCGGCUUUGAGCAUGUUUGAGCAAAUAGUAGCUGCAUCAAGAGGGAAACAGAUUGUCAUGUUUCUUGAUUAUGACGACACAUUGUCUCCUAUUGUCAAAGACCCAAACCGAGCUCUCAUACACCCUCGGAUGGUGAAGGCGCCAGGAAACAUUCUCAGGUUCCUUGGAGUAACUCUUGAUAAAUGUGAGAAUCUCAUCGACUCUUUGGUUAAUAUUCUCAUAAACUAG